AUGGACAAGUCACGGUCCCAGAAGUCCCAUCCGACCACCAUACCUUCAUCCGACUCCGCCAACAUCACCACCACCACCUCCUCCUCGACCGGGCCUGUCCAUCCCACGUCAUCCCACGAGCUGUCGUCGAGCGCGAGCACCAGCACGAGCACGGCGACCAUCACCCCCAAGCCCGCCAACAACACCGCCUCUCCUGCUAACAGCAAGCCGCCGUCGACGUCGGCCUCGCAACAGCCCUCCGCUGCGCCUUCCACGUCGUCAUCUGCUGUCCCAUCGCCUCUGACGUCGCGCGAGCCUUCACCGACCCGCCCCUCUGCCCGGCCUGGUGCCCCCUCGCGAACGCCCUCGGUGAGUGCCGGUGUUCGUUCUCGGCAAGGAAGUGUGCAGGAUCUUCGCCAGUCGAGAUCGGGCAUCAGCAAGCCCCUUUCGUCUACCAGCAUCCCGACCCUUCAACCUAGUGCAUCCGAUUCCAGCACUUUCGCAGGAGCCCCCAUGAAAUCACCAACUUCGAUGGAGCACAUUCGAGACACCCCCCGGUGGCCUGUAUCGCCCAGGUUACGGUCCCCGCCGCCCAUGUUGCAGAGACCGAGCUUGGGCUCGCGCAGGUCAACUGAAGUUGAGGCAACGCCCCUCAUUAACGUCCAGCGUGCGACACCCCAGCAGCCCCCCGCAGAGGGUCAGUCCGAUACCGAUGUCGACGACGGUUUUCUACCCGCCGGUAUGAGGACGCCAGCUCGUGGGGGUGGAGGAAGCACUUCGACCCUAGAGACUGUGCAGGAGGUUAGCCCGAUAGGAUCGCCCAAGCGGGUCGGAGAGUCGAUGGAAGAGAAGCUGGAGGAGAGCAUGCUCUCAGAGACUUCACAGGCCGAAUCCGUGAUCGGACUUGGGCUCUCGAGGAAGCCCACGACAUCGUCGACCACAACAUCCCAUGCGACCCAGCACCAUCGGGUUAACGAAAGCGGCAGCGAGAGCGAGUACGCCAGGAACAACUACCACCAGCAACGCCGAAGCGUCGGAUCCAUCGUUCCCUCCCUCACGAGAAGACAGUCGAGCACGCGCAUCAGUCCCGGCAUCGGGAGGUCGAAGACUGGCGAGAUGCAGAGCAUGACGGUAGAAACCGAGACGGUCACGUCGAUCCCGCAAGCCCCUCUUGUACCGGCCAUCGCAGCGCAAACUUCGAGCACCAGCCUGCGUAGGAAGCAGAGCACCGAGACGAUCCGGCCCAAGAAGGAGAAGCGCAAGACCCGGAGGCAACCCGUGAAUGGUGAGCAGAAAGCUCUCCCCUAUUCUAGACUGCGCCAUCAUCAGUCGCUGGGAUCUGUCGUUCCCUCCGCGGCUGAUAAGGGCGCCUUACCGGCCAGGCGCCACAGAGGCGAGAUGGCCGAUGGCCGUCUUCGCCGGCAGCACGGCCGGGCUUCCAGCUUGAGCCUGUACCAGAUGAGCACGCUGCUGACACGCCAGCGUUUAGUGUCCUCCAAGGCCGACAUUUUCGAGGCAAAGGUUGCCAGCGCGGUCGAGGAGGCGAACUCUUCCGACUCGGAAGAGACCUUCGUCUACGAUUCUAACCCUCCAGAUGGCCGCGAGCGCCCCCUGCGAUUCCACUCGCGCACCCCGAGUGCUACGUCCAUGGCCAGCCAGUAUGAUCGUGGCAUGCGGUCGAUCCAUGCUGUCAUGAUGGAGAGCGACGGCCCGCCGCCGAUGCUCGUCAAGAAGAGCAUGAAGUUCUCGUCCAACUCGAACAACCUCAACAACGACCUGGGUAUCAUGAGCGACGAUGGUAGGGUCCCCGGCAGAAGCAAUGUCGGGUCCGCCAGGGGAACCCCACGUCACCAUAACCAGCACUUUAACCGAUGGGCCCGCAACGGCGGUUAUGGCGCCACCAGCGCUGGUAACGGCCAUCCUUCGGUGUUUGCUGAGCACUCACCUUUCACCGCGUCUCAAGCUGUCGGUAACGUCGGCUCACGUCAGCCCUCCGCUCCGCCCAGCCCUAGAUAUGGCCCAGGCCGCGGUUUCUGGGGGAAUGGCAAGCGUGGCGCGCAUCUACUACCGGGUUACGAUUUCGAUGAUACUACGACCGGCGCCGAUGACGAGACGACCCCGCUCAUCCCUUCAAGUAUUCGUCCUUCGAGGUACAGCCGCAACCGGCGCGGUCACUCGCUGCGGUCCAUCGAAUCCCAGCAGUAUCGGUCCCCGCCUUCGGUCCUUAACCGGUUCGCGAGCUGUCUCGUCCUUACCGUCAUGCUCCUGCUCGUCGUUUCGGGCGUGAUCGGCUUUAUGUUCGCCACAUCGCAACCGCUUACCGAUAUCGAGCUCGUGUCUAUGGACCACGUCGUCGCCAGCCAGCAGGAGCUCAUGCUCGACCUCACCAUCCGCGCGCACAACCCGAACGUCGUCGUUGUUACUGUCGACUCGGCCGACAUCGAGGUCUUCGCCAAGUCCCCUCACGCCUUGUCGGACUCGGAGUGGUGGCGGCAUACCCAUCCCGGCGAGAUCGGCCCGCCACCUCCUCGCAAGGGGGGCGUGGGCGACAUCGAGGUUACCGAGGCUACCCAGCCGACCCCCUCACCAUCCCCGAACCCGAACCAGCCCGACGACUCGGCGCCCAACAUGCGUCUCGGUACCAUCACAGGCUUCGACUCGGCGCUCUCCUUCGAGGGCUCCUUCUUCCACAAGGGUAUAUCGUACUCGAGCGGCGAGGUCCGUCUUAAGAACCCGGGCAACGGCACGUACGGCGGCCCCGAGCGUUGGGAGCGCAUCAUGGAGGACGAGUUCCAGCUUAUUCUGAAGGGCGUGCUUAAGUACACGCUGCCGCUUAGCCAGCGCGUCCGCACGGCGACCAUCUCCGGUAAGACGACGGUCAAGCCGAAUGCGGGCGGUGAUCCUGCGCCCAAGCCGGACCAACCUGAGCUGCCGGGGCCCGACGAGGGCGGUUUAAAUGGGAAUGGGACGGAUAUCACUGGCGGUGGCGAGGUUAAUGCUACGUCUUCGACUGUCUUGGCGAGGACCAAGAGGAUGAGGGUGAGAAUUAAGCUCUAG